AUGUCUACACCUACGCCAAAGGAGGGCACACCAGCCGCGAAACCUCGACUCAAGAUCAACGUGAACCGAUCCUCAUCAUUCGUUGCCGAUGCGAAUAUAAGUGCGACACCAUCAGCUUCGGCCAAAGCUGCAGGGUCAGGUACCAUUGCCCCAACAUCAACGCCAACGGAAGGAGGCCGCAAAGUGAAGCUCAAGAUCGGAAAAUCACAACCUUCUACGCCAGCCGAACAGCCCCCGUCCAAAACAAAAGCCGGUCGACAGCCUAAACCCACUCAGAAACUCGUCGAGAGUAAGAAGCGCCAGCACGAUGAUCUGGAUGAUGAGCUGGGAUCGGCGCAUCCAACGACGAAAAUAAAGCUCAAGGCUACAAAGUCAGGACUUACUCCGACGGUGGUGGUGAAGCCGAAGGGACGCGCACCAGUUCACCCGCCAGGAGAUGGCUACGACUCAGAGGCGAGUGAUAGAGAAAAGGACCCAUCGAUAGAGGAGCAGUUUGUCCUGAGAAUGAUGCCGGGAGAGCACUGCGAUUAUGUCCGAUGGUGUAUGGAGAAUGGAAAGAUGGGUAUUCCCCGGAGUGCGGGAGGAGCAGACAUACAACUAAGGUUCUUCGAAGAGGAUAGUCGAAGGGCGGUCGUGACAGUCAAGGGUCAACCGUUUGCCGCUGUCAUGGUAGACUUACCCACGAUUACCGAGGCGAUGAAGACAUGGGAUCGAAAAUCGUUCCUUAAAUCCGCCGACAUCUGCCAGAUGCUUCUGGUCUACGCCAGGGUGUCCAGCGAAGCCGAGGCCAGGGAAACGACACUACCGAGCAUGAUCGACCAACAUUUCAAGUGGCCACACGGCCUGACGCCACCCAUGCACGAUUGUGCAAACCGACGAUUCGCAAAGACCAUCAGUCGUAAGGAGAUUGAGGACAAGGAAGCAGAAGUCGAACGCCUGCUCGCCGAGGACGCUAAGGCUGGCUCGACGCGCUGGGAAUGGGUCGAUGAGAGCAAGGACGAUGACGACGACGGCGCAGACGAGGAUGCCGACGGUGAGAUUGAUGACACUAUGGACUACUUCCAAAGCCAGGAUGGAUUGUUCGGCGGCGAAGGCGAAGGAGACGAUGACCUCGAGGCCGAUCUGGAGGCUGCUUUCGCUGGAGAGGUCAGCGCCGAGACUCCUGUCACAGGUCCGGAUGCACCUACGCCCAUGACCACCACCCAGGUUAAUACACCUGCGCCUCUACAAGACAGUAUAGAAUCGGACGAGUCAGAAGAAGUCUCAGACGACGACGAUGAUGACGACGAAGAUCUAGAUGACGAUGCUCGUGCCCAGCGUGACGAGGAGCAGGGUGUCAAGGAUAUUAUUAACGAUCUUAAGAAACAGCUGGGCAACAAGCAAGCCGAGCUGGCACGCACUACGAACAAGAUCUUGCGAACUCGCAUUGAGCAAACCAUCAAGCAGCUCAAGGCAGAAAUUGAGCUCAAGAACUCGUCUAUUGGUAUCGAGACAGACGACUAG